CUGCAGCCACAUCCGGCUCCAUACACACAUUCUCCACUUUUUUUUCUUUCCUGAAGGCUUCCGUGACGCACCUAAUAACACUUCCGGGUUUAGUUUGUUCUCCAGUAACGCUAAAGGUGAUAUGGCCGCAAUGUUUACAUGCUGUCUGGGCUACUGUUGUGGUGAUGGAGGAUCCGAUCAUAAACCUCUUAAAGAAAUGCCCACCGUUCAGCUCGACACGCACCACAUGGGCGCAGAUGUGGUGGUGGUGAAGAGAGGGAGGCGGAUCUGUGGGAGCGGAGCAUGUCUCGCCAACGCCCCUCUCCACCAGAACAAGAGCUACUUCGAGUUCAAGGUCCAAUCCACGGGUGUGUGGGGAGUCGGCGUGGCCACACAGAAGGUGAAUCUAAACCAGAUACCUUUGGGUCAAGACAGUCACAGUUUGGUGCUCAGGCACGAUGGAUCUGUAUAUCACAAUAAUGAAGAGAAGAACUGCCUGCCAGCUAACAGUGUGCCUCAGGAGGGAGACAUUGUGGGAUUAACAUAUGACCAUGUGGAACUGAACCUGUAUCUGAAUGGGAAAAACAUGCAGUGCCCAGCCUCAGGCAUUCGAGGGACUGUGUUCCCUGUAGUUUACGUGGAUGACAGUGCUAUCUUAGACUGCCAGUUCAGCGACUUCUACCACACUCCUCCUCAAGGCUUUGAGAAGAUCCUGUUUGAACAGCAGAUCUUUUGAGCCUUCUGCUUCACAUGCACUUGCAGAGAAGCCGUCCUCAGGGCUAAAGUGCUGAUGUUGGAAAGAGUGUUGCAUUUCUCUGUUGUAUUGUUUAAGCCUUCUCUGCUACUGCUGCCAUAGUCCAUACAAGACAAGCCAGAUGUUUAUAUGUAUGUGAAAAGAAAUCUUUAACCAUAUCAAAAAGUGCACACACAGUCAGCCAUAAACUUGAAUGUCAAAUUAGGUUGUGUGUGUGUUUUUUGUUUUUUUUAAUGUAGCCUGCAUUAUAAUUUGACACUCAUUAUUUAGUAUGUGGCUGCUGUAGUAUUAGUGUGUCACGGCACCAGGCUCUGCGGUUCGAACCUGAGCUCCGGUUAUUGUCUGUUUGGAGUCUUGCAUGUUCUCCCUGAGGUUCUGUGGACUCUCUGGUUUCUCUAAAUUGUCCAAAGGCGUUCCAUCCAAGGUAUAUUGAUUAGCUGCUCUCAGUGUUCCCCAGAUAGGCUCCAGGUCCACUGCAACCCUGACCAGGAUUAAGCAGUAACUGAAGACGAAUGAAUGACAGAAUUAAUGAUUUCCUAAGUUUUUGUGCAAUUUGAUAUACCUAGGACAGGAACUUUUAUUUAUUUUUUAUAUAUUUUUGCAAAAUGGUACAUUAACACUAUAGUAAGUGAAGAGAAAUAUACAUGUCCUCUGGUGUAAAAAAAAAACAAAAAAAAAAAACUAAACAUGACUAAUGUCUUGUUGGUUUGCACUAUUUAAAGUAAACAACCAAAUUAUGUAUUGUCACAAUUCUAAAUAAAAAUUAACUCUGUGUAUGAAAACUUCUAUGAA